CCAGCGCCGCCGAGUGCGGGGACUUUCCCCGCACGGUGUCGGGCCGCCCUUCUUCCCUCCCUUGGAGACUCCUCGCAGCGGGGACGCGGAGAGUUCCAGGCUGGGACCAGACCCUGUACAGAGCGCACGAUGGCUGCGCUUGCUUGGCUGGCGGCCGCGCUGUUGCUGCUGGUCGACUGGCUGCUGCUGCGGCCCGGGCUCCCGGGAAUCUUCUCCCUGCUGGUUCCGGAGUUGCCCCUGCUCCGGGUCUGGGCGGUGGGCCUGAGUCGCUGGGCCAUCCUGGGGCUGGGGGUCCGCCGGGUCCUCGGGGUCACCACGGGAGCCCAUGGAUGGUUGACUGUUUUGCCGCCGCUAGCAGCGGCGCUGGGUUUAGCUCAGCCGGGACUUGCCUUAUUCCGAGAGCUGGCGUCCUGGGGAGCGCUCCGGGACGGUGACAACGCUGGAGUACUGUACUGGGGCAGUCGCCUCGACGCUUUCGCUCUCAGUUAUGUGGCAGCAUUGCCCGCCGCCGCCCUAUGGUACAAGUUGGGGAGCCUCUGGGCGCCCAGCAGUCGCAGGGGUGCUGGAGACAUGGUGUGUCGACUUUUAGGCUUCCUGGGUUCCGAGAAGCGGCGCCUCCACCUGGUUCUGAUGCUCUUGGUCCUCUCCUGCCUUGGGGAAAUGGCGAUUCCCUUCUUCACCGGCCGCAUCACUGACUGGAUUCUUCAGGAUAAGACGGCUCAGAGCUUUGCCCGCAACAUCUGGCUCAUGUCCAUUCUCACCAUAGCCAGCACAGUGCUGGAGUUUACUGGAGAUGCUAUCUACAACCUCACCAUUGGCCACAUGCACAGCCGCGCACACGGAGAGGUGUUCAGGGCUGUCCUUCGCCAGGAGACAGGGUUUUUCCUGCAGAACCCAGCAGGUUCCAUCACAUCUCGGGUAACAGAGGACACAUCCAAGGUCUGUGAAUCUGUCAGUGACAAACUGAACCUGCUGAUGUGGUACCUGGGGCGAGGCCUGUGUCUCCUGGCCUUCAUGUUUUGGGGGUCGCUCUACCUCACUUUGGUCACUCUGCUCACCCUGCCCCUGCUUUUCCUUCUGCCUCGGAAGCUGGGGAAAGUGAACCAGUCAUUGCAAAUGAAGGUGCAGGAAUCUCUAGCGAAGUCCUCACAGGUGGCCAUCGAGGCCCUGUCAGCGAUGCCUACGGUGCGGAGCUUCGCCAACGAGGAGGGAGAGGCCCAGAAGUUUAGGCAGAAACUGGAGGAAAUGAAGACGCUCAACAAGAAGGAGGCCUUGGCCUAUGUAGCUGAAGUCUGGACCAUGAAUGUCUCGGGAAUGCUGCUGAAGGUGGGCAUCCUGUACGUCGGCGGGCAGCUGGUGGUCAGAGGGGCUGUCAGCAGUGGGAACCUCGUCUCCUUUGUUCUCUACCAGCUACAGUUCACCAGUGCUGUCGAGGUUCUGCUCUCCAUCUAUCCCUGGAUGCAGAAGGCUGUGGGCUCCUCAGAGAAGAUAUUUGAAUACCUGGACCGGACUCCUUGUUCUCCACUCAGUGGGUCGUUGGCACCCUUAAACAUGGAAGGUCUUGUCGAGUUCCAGGACGUCUCCUUUGCCUACCCAAACCAUCCCGAUGUUCAGGUUCUUCAGGGCCUGACGUUCACACUGCACCCUGGAAAGGUGACAGCGUUGGUGGGGCCCAAUGGGUCCGGGAAGAGCACCGUGGCUGCCCUGCUGCAGAAUCUGUACCAGCCCACAGGGGGCCAGGUGCUGCUGGACGGCCAGCCCCUGGUCCAGUAUGAUCACCACUACCUGCACCGCCAGGUGGCCGCAGUGGGACAAGAGCCACUGCUCUUUGGAAGAAGUUUCCGAGAAAAUAUUGCCUACGGCCUGAUCCAGACUCCAACCAUGGAGGAAAUCAGAGCUGUGGCCAUGAAGUCUGGAGCCCAUGAUUUCAUCUCUGGACUCCCUCAGGGCUAUGACACAGAGGUGGGUGAGACUGGGAACCAGCUGUCAGGGGGUCAGCGACAGGCAGUGGCCUUGGCCCGAGCUUUGAUCCGGAAGCCACGCGUGCUUAUCUUGGACGAUGCCACCAGUGCCCUGGAUGCCAACAACCAGCUACGGGUCCAGCGGCUCCUCUAUGAGAACCGGGGACCGGCUUCUCCAGCGGUACUGAUAAUCACGCAGCAGCUCAGCCUGGCGGAGCAGGCUCACCACAUCCUCUUUCUCAAAGAUGGCUCCAUCUGCGAGCAGGGCAGCCAUCUGCAGCUCAUGGAGAAGAGCGGAUCGUGCUACCGGGCCAUGGUGGAGGCUCUUGGGGCUCCUUCAGACUGACAGGCCUCUGGACCUGUGCUCUGCACACUGCCCCCCUCCCCUGUCCUCUUCUCUGUGUGGCGGAGACCCUGGGAGCAAAGAUAUCACCACACCCAUUGGCUGGGCUCAGCUGAGGAGCAAGAUAAAAAUGUAACACUUGGCAGAUGCCCGGAAUUUACCACGAGAAUGUUACCCCCACUCCUGCCCCUUAGUUAGACUGGAUUUCAGGUACCUCAGAGUGACCCUAAACGUGGAAGACCUUGAACUCCGGAUUCUCCUGCCUCCUCUCUCCUGGUGUUGUUCUGGUACCACAGCACUGAAAACCUGGUUUAUGCUGUGUUGGGGAUGGAAGUGAUGAGAAGAAACGCUCAAAAUGAAGCGACUUUUAAUUAACCAAAGGCAUAAGCUGGCCUAUGGGUAACCCAUGGGCUCUUGAUAUUUAUAAUAAAGCUGUU